CCCGGCGCAGCUCACUCGCCGGCUGCGGUCCCGCCGCCUCUCCGGACCGUCUCGUGCUCGCAGCGCACGGCCUUUCCCGAUGCUGGCGCCCUGGGCUGGAGAGCCCGGAAUCCCUAUGUCCCAGACCGAGGCCGAUUUGGGCUUGCGGCCUCCGCCAUCCCUGGGCCCCGCGGGGCCAUCUCGUCCCGGGCCCCCUGCCCGCCGUGCGCGCCGCUUCUCGGGCCGGGCUGAGUCCUCCCGGCCGCGCGCCUCACGCCCCAGCCGCCGCAGCUCGGUGGACCUGGGGCUGCUGAGCGCCUGGUCGCAGCCCGCAGCGCCCGGCCCCGAGCCUUGCGACUCCCCCGACCUCGCGGGCGUCGGCCCGCAGCCCCGCUCCCACGAGUCCCCCGAAGGUGCGUGGUCCGCAGUCGCCCCGGCGCCACCCGCGGAUCCCGUGCGCCCCGAGAUCGCGGGAGCACCCGGGGGUCCGGGACCCGGGGAGUCACCGCGGAUCCCCGACGCCGCGGCCCGUGAACGACGGCGGGAGCUGGAGGAGAAGGAGGACACAGAGACUCAGGCCGUGGCGACGUCCCCGGACGGCCGGUACCUCAAGUUUGACAUCGAGAUCGGGCGCGGCUCCUUCAAGACCGUGUACCGCGGGCUGGACACCGACACCACGGUGGAGGUGGCCUGGUGCGAGCUGCAGACGCGGAAACUAUCCCGAGCCGAGCGGCAGCGCUUUUCUGAGGAGGUGGAGAUGCUCAAGGGGCUGCAGCACCCCAACAUUGUCCGCUUCUAUGACUCGUGGAAGUCUGUGCUGAGGGGCCAGGUUUGCAUCGUGCUGGUCACCGAACUCAUGACCUCGGGCACGCUCAAGACGUACCUGCGGCGCUUCCGGGAGAUGAAGCCCAGGGUGCUUCAGCGCUGGAGCCGCCAGAUCCUGCGGGGACUUCACUUCCUGCACUCCCGGGUGCCUCCCAUCCUGCACCGGGAUCUCAAGUGUGACAACGUCUUCAUCACUGGCCCCACAGGCUCUGUCAAAAUCGGGGACUUGGGCCUGGCCACGCUCAAGCGCGCCUCCUUUGCCAAGAGUGUCAUUGGGACCCCGGAAUUCAUGGCCCCCGAGAUGUACGAGGAGAAGUAUGAUGAAGCUGUGGACGUGUAUGCGUUCGGCAUGUGCAUGCUGGAGAUGGCCACCUCCGAGUACCCGUACUCAGAGUGCCAGAAUGCGGCGCAGAUCUACCGCAAGGUCACUUCGGGCACCAAGCCAAACAGCUUCUACAAGGUGAAGAUGCCGGAAGUGAAGGAGAUCAUCGAGGGCUGCAUCCGCACGGACAAGAAUAAGAGGCUCACCAUCCAGGACCUGCUGGCCCACGCCUUCUUCCGCGAGGAGCGUGGCGUGCACGUGGAGCUGGCCGAGGAAGACGACGGCCAGAAGCCUGAUCUCAAGCUCUGGCUACGCAUGGAGGACGUGCGGCGCGGGGGGCGCCCGAGGGACAACCAGGCCAUCGAAUUCUUGUUCCAGCUGGGCCGGGACGUGGCCGAGGAAGUGGCCCAGGAGAUGGUGGCCCUGGGCUUGGUCUGUGAGGCCGAUUACCAGCCAGUGGCCCGGGCAGUGCGUGAGCGGGUCACCGCCAUCCAGCGGAAGCGCGAGAAGCUGCGGAGGGCUCGGGAGCUGGAGGCCCUGCCGCCCAAGCCGGUACCUGUGCCUGCGGCCAUCCUCAUAGCUCCUGCUACCCCAGGCGCCUUUGCCCCUGAGCCCGAGGAGCCAGAGGCAGACCAGCACCAAUCCUUCCUCUUGCGCCACGCCAGCUACUCGUCCACCACCUCGGACUGUGAGACGGAUGGCUACCUCAGCUCCUCUGGUUUCCUGGACACCUCAGAUCCUGGCCGUGCACCCCCUGGGGAGGUGCCCUCCAGCCCCACUGAGCCCCAGCUCCAUUUGCCCUCUGCUUUUGCCGUGUCCGUCCCACGCUCUGGCCUUGGCAGUGACUUUUCCCCUGGGGACAGCUGUCCCUCAGACGUGGCAUCAGGCCUCAGCGACAUGGGCGAGGGGCUGGGGCGGAUGCGGAGACCCCCAGGGAGGACUCCCCGGCGCAGACCCCGAUCCCGGCUGCGAGUCACGAAUGUCUCAGACCAGAAUGACAGAGUGGUGGAAUGCCAGCUGCAGACUCACAACAGCAAGAUGGUGACCUUCCGGUUCGAUCUGGACGGGGACAGCCCGGAAGAGAUUGCCGCUGCCAUGGUGUACAACGAGUUCAUCCUGCCCUCGGAGCGCGACGGCUUCCUGAGGCGGAUCCGGGAAGUCAUCCAGCGGGUGGAAAGUCUGCUCAAGAGAGACCCUGGUCUGGCCGAGACUGCCCAAGACACCCCAGGACCCCAGGAGGAUCUGGCACUCCUGACCCCCCCUGCAGAGCCCCCGGGGGGUGUGCGUGGGGCACUGGAACAUCGUACUGCCUCGGCCCCAGCAGAGCUCUGGAGCAGCACUGGCCCAGGAGGACAGUGGAGCUGGGCCGCCUUCUCAGCCUCCCAGUCCCCACCCGGGACGCCCUUGUCUCCUGCAGCCCCCAUCUCCCCCAUUGCUGUGCCCCCGUGCCCACUCACCUCCACCCAGCCUGGCUUCCCACUUCCACCCCCCUGCAGCGUGGCCCAGGCCCCAUGCCCCCCACCUCCGUGGGGCACAGCUCCCAGCAGCCCCCAGAGCCUCUCCCCACCGGCCCUCCCUGUCCCCAGCCCAGGCCCUCUCCUUUCCCUGGCCAGUGCCUUCUCACUAGCUGUGAUGACCGUGGCCCAGUCCUUGCUGUCCCCCUCCUCCACAGUCCUUGCCCAGGGUCCUCCAGUGCCCCCUAGCCCACUGCCUCUGCCUCCACUUGCUCCUGGAGGCCAGGAAAGCCUUUUGCCCCACAAGGCCGAGGCGGAGGACUUGAGUGAGGCCUCCCCAAGUCCUGUGCGGCCACUCCUCGGCGAAGCCAGACUGGCGCCCAUCUCGGAAGGUGAGGCCCUCCACUCGGCCUUCCCCUGCCCAUGCAGCCCUGCGCAUCAGUGGACCCCUCUCCCUCCUACAGAGGGGAAGCCGCAGCUCGUCGGGCGCUUCCAAGUGACCUCAUCGAAGGAACCAGCAGAGCAUCCUCCUCUGUGCCCAGGGAGCCCCAAGCUCACCAGCCCCCCCAGGCUGCCCAGCCCUCCUCUGAGCCCUGGAAGCUCAGAUGCCCAGGAUAGUGUUGCCCAGGACAGUGCCAGCACUGGCAGUGGGCCAGAGACCAAGGUGGCUCUGGUUGAGAGCUGUACAGCCGAGGGCCCAGGCAGUGCUGUGGAGGAGGAUGCGGACGCUGCGACUGAGCCACAGGCGGGGGACAGCCCCCCCGGCCUGGGCCACCCCAGCCCGGUGUGGAUGAACUACUCCUGCAGCAGCCUGUGCCUGAGCAGCGAGGAGUCGGAGAGCAGCGGGGAGGACGAGGACUUCUGGGCCGAGCUGCAGAGCCUGCGGCAGAAGCACCUGUCUGAGGUGGAGGCGCUCCAGACGCUCCAGAAGAAGGAGAUCGAGGAUUUGUACAGUCGGCUGGGCAAGCAGCCCCCGCCGGGCAUUGUGGCCCCAGCUGCCAUGCUGUCCAGCCGCCAGCGCCGCCUCUCCAAGGGCAGCUUCCCUGCAUCCCGCCGCAACAGCCUGCAGCGCUCCGAGCCCCUGGGCCCUGGCAUCAUGCGCAGCAACUCCCUGAGCGGCGGCAGCACGGGCUCCCAGGAGCAGCGGGCAAGCAAGGGGGUGACGUUCGCCGGGGAUGUUGGCAGGAUGGUGAGGGCAGCUGGGGGAGGGGGCGGCCGGCAGCUCUGCCUCUGCCCAUCUGAAGGCUUCUUCAGUGCCCCUUUCCCCUGCAGUGAAUUCAGAACGGAAGCCAGCGUCUCCCCUGCCAGGGCCCACCACGGGGCCUGUGCUCUCAGAACUGGAUGCUUUUCUGACCAGCUCAGCUCAGCAAGGAGGACCCAGCACGCAGGGGACAGGGUCAUGGAGAGUGCAGUCAGUCACACUCUCUGUCACACACACACACACACACGCGUGCGGGGACUGUGCUGCCUGGAGUGGUAGCAGGUCUGUGGCCUGCUGCCUUCCUUUUACCCUCGCUCUGGCCAACCCCUCGGCCAUCCCACCCAAGCAGAUUCUUCCACAAGGCUCACUCUCAGCAACCCCAGUUAACAGUGGCCAAUAAAACAUGCUGGGCUAGGCACUGCACCAC